UAGUUGAGUUGAGCCGAGGAAGUUGAUCAGCCGAAUUUUAAUGUCAAUUUUUAAUUAGAUAAUAUGAAAACGACCGGGCUUCGGAGCAUGAGAGUGUGAUAUUAGCGCUGAGAGAAAUGUGUUCAAGGAUAAAUUGGCAUAACGACGAGUUUUAUUGAUAAAUGAUUUUUAUUUCAAUUAAUUGACUGAUGUUCAAAAAGAUCUUAGCUUUACAAUCUUGAUUCUGAGAUCGAAGAAUAAAUUCCGUCGUUAUUGUACGUUUUUUUGUAUAGAUGUAACCUUGAAGCAUCAUUGCUUUUUCUUUUAUAAAAAAAAACAGUUUUCCUGUUUCAGACAUUUUGCUUGAGAAGUAGUGCACAUUGAAAGUUGAAAUUGAGAAGUGAAAUGUAUUUUUUUUAUUGGUUCCAUAGUUAAGAAUCUCGGAUCAAUGUUUUUUAGUUUAGAUUACACUGAAAUUCAUGCAACGAGCGACCAUUUUGAUUAGUCUUUAUUAGCUUUAGCACUAUCACAAUUAAAUGAGAAUACUAUUUUUUAUUGAUCCUUUUACGGAAUUAAAAUUAUAUGUCUUAGCACAAUUAAUUAUCUAUCACUUUUGUAAACAUCUCUGGUAAUUUUUCAUUUAAUUUAUGCUAUUUCCAUUGGUUAUACACAAAAAAAAUAAUUCAUUAAGAGAGAAGCGACAAAUAGAUAGGGACGAACAGAACGAAAAGAAUUUUUCUGCUACGAAGUGUCGUGCGACGAAAUGAUUGCGACGAUAUGUGCUAGUGCCGUACAUCAUCUGAUAGUAAAUUAGUUUCACCAUCAUCUAUUACAUUAAAAAAUACAAAUGAUAGUGUUGUUCAUAACUAUAAAAAUUAUAAACCGAUGAUGAAACAUUGUUUAUCCAAGACAUCAUAUUCUAUUAAUACACUUAAAAAUUCAUCACCACAAACACCACAUGCUAUUCAUGAUAUUGAAAAAACUAUUGAUGAAAUGAUACAGCACAUUACAAAUUUAUCACAUAAAAAUAAAACACGAAAUGUCAUGCAUCAAUAUCAAAAGAUAUUCGAUAUAUCUUCUUCAACAAUAGCAGUAACAUCACUUCAACAUCGAAUAUCAUCAGGUGAUCAUCCACCAAUUAAUUCAAUUCCUUAUAAAUGUUCAUUACAACAACAACAAGAUUUACGUUCGGGAUAUUUUCAGAUCCCCGUUAGUGAGAAUGAUAAAUCCAACACAGCAUUUAUAACAACAUUUGGUCUUUGGGAAUUCAACGUAUUGCCGAUGGGUUUAACAAAUGCCCCACCCAGCUUCCAAAGAAUUAUGUAUAAUUUAAUUGUUAAUGGUCGUGAACAAUAUUGUUUAAGUUAUCUUGAUGAUAUCAUUAUCUUUAGUAAAACAUUUAAUGAUCAUAUUAAUCAUCUUCAAGAAAUUCUCCGCGUACUCGAUCAACACCGAUUUCAAUUAAAUCCAAGUAAAUGUUCAAUCAUGAACGAAAAAAUUGAUUAUUUAGGAUACUCGAUCGAUCAACAUGGUAUUACUCCGCUGCACAAUAACAUAAAAGCAAUUCAUGAAUUACCACUACCGAAUUGCCCAACAUUAAAACAAGCUAAUCAAUUUAUAGCUGCUCCAUUACAUUGUGUUACUAAUUUAACCAACAAUAAUAAACACAAUUUUAAAUGGGGUGAUGAACAACGACAAGCUGUUCAACAAUUGAAGCAAAUUAUUACUGGUCCAGAAUUAGUAUUAGAUUUUCCAGAUUCAGCAUUACCAUUUACAUUAUCAACUGAUACUUCAACUUUUGGGCUGGGAGCAGUACUUAAGCAAACAAGUGAAGAUAACAAAAUUAAAAUUAUUUAUUAUUUAUCACGUACAUUAACAGAAAGUGAAUUUCAAUAUUCUACCACCGAAUUGGAAGCAUUAGCAAUGGUAUGGUCUAUUAUGAAAUUCCGUCCAUAUCUACUUGGUAAAGAGUUAAAGGUCGAAACUGAUCAUUGUCCAUUGUGUCAAUUUCAUAAAAAGAAGUCCCGUAAUGGACGUCUUGAUAGAUGGUCGAUUGAAAUAUUAUCUGAAUAUAAUAUUACUGAAAUUAAUUAUAAAAAAGGUAAAUGCCACUGUGAUGCUGAUUUAUUAUCUCGUUAUCCAUUAUAUAAUAAUGAAAAUGAAAAUAGUUUAAAUAAUAUUCACAUUAGAAAACAAGAACAAGGUUAUUUAUUUUCUUAUGGAUCUGAAUUAGAUGACGAAGAACCUGAUCUUCAACCAAUAGCAACUAUUAAUGUUGUUACUCGUGCUCGAAAUUAUGAUUCAACAAAACAAUUAGGUGAUCAACAGCAAAUCACAUCAAUUGAUGAUUCAUCAAUUUAA